GAGAAAUUCAAAUACACUCAACACUCACACACAGGGAGAGGAGGAUAGAGAGAGAGAGAGAGAGAGAGAGAUGACGAGGAAGAGCGAAGUAAAGGCGAAGUCAGUUCGGAAGCCACUGAGGGACGUAUCCAACAACAAUGGCGGUGGAACUCGAAAAUCCUCGAGAUCCGUUGUCGCUGUGACGAAGAAAUCCACAGAUGAAGACAAGGAAUGCAGAAGCGGGGCUCAACAAGAUGAGGAAAAAGACGGCGACGCACUCGAUCGUCUCCUUCUCGUUCAUUCAGACCUCUCCUCCCUCACUCGCCAGAUUGAUGAACUUGUUGCGCAAGCAUUUGAUAUCAAGGCGAUGGGCCAACAAGGGAGUAAAGAAGUUGAAUCUUUUGCACGUGUCUUAUCUGAAAUCCUUUCCUCUUUGCAGCCAUGGGUUCCCAGAUUUCAGAAGGUACUCUCCAGUCAUUCUAUGGAGCCUGAGAACCAGUCAAGAGAGUCUUUAGUAAACCAAGUUGUUUCUACUGUAGAUGAAGCCAACAAGAGUCCGGAGCAGACGAAUGUGGACUCUUUAAUUUCUCCUUCACCACUUGUGUCUUGGCGUGCUAACUGUACUAUUGACAGAGGAAGACAAUUGUUUCUGCUUACACCUCUUCCUAUAUCAAAAACAAUAUCGUCCAAACAUCUGGCCCCUUCUAAAUCCGUGUUCGAAAGGAUUACUUUGAAUACUAAUGAGAAGUUACCAUCCUUUAACAAUAUAUCUGAAGAUAGGAACAAUGAUUUGCUUGAAGGUGUCACAGAAAAACCAACUCCAAGUGUCACAAAAAAACCAACUCCAAGUGCUUCUGAUUUUGUGUCUACAGAGACAGGAAGCACUCAAGAGUGUGGUGUUGUCUCUCUGGUGAGUUUUGCAAAAAGAGAAAGAUCUGUGGUUGUCAGUACUCCAUGUUUGAAGAUGUCUCCUCCUAAAUCUUGUGUGUUGCUUGAACCUAUUUCUGAGUCCUCCCAUAGAGACCAUGAUGGGUUUCGUAAGUCCACUCCAUAUCCUGUGGGAUUUAAGAAUUGCUGGGAUUCAGAAAGUUCCGAGUCCUCCAGUAGUGAUGCUUGCAAGAGUCUGGCUUUGAAGUAUCCAGAGCUUUUGGGAAUACAACAGGCUCAUAAACCAGGAUAUAGAAAGAAACAAAUAGAAGCAUCGCCAGAUUGGUUUACGUCACCCCCAAAAACUUGUGUUUUACUGGAGCUGCCUGAUGAAAAAACUCUGGACAAUGCUGCUAUGAACUGCCAGUUACCUUUAAGUGGUCAUGUUCCUAAUAACCAAGUGAAUCCAUCAGUUCUAAAAGAAAUUGAAGGUCAAGGCGGUCAACAAACCAAGACAUUUUCUCGAAAAGGGGGCAGCUUUACACUCAUAGAAAGCACUCCCAUUUGGAAGGAAUCGGAAAGCAUAAUUCAAAGAGGCAAGCAUCCUGGUGAGAAUACUUUGAAGAAGGAACUGUGGACGAAAUUUGAAGCAGCAUCUAGUAAUGGAAUUCGUUUUAAUGAUUCUGUUAUACAAGAAGCUACGGGGAAAGGAUUUCUUGACCGGUUGGAUGAGGUUUCCCAUGAUGGAGAGAUCUAAUUACAUACAUGUAAUGAAUGGUGGAUCAUGGCAUAUCUUUAGAAGUAUUGAGAAGCUAAUCAAUUGGCUUUAUGAUCUCUACUGCAUAAAUUUCAGAGCCCAUCAAUUGGUUCUUGUAUCCAUACCACAUUGGUAACACCACCUAAAACACAUGUAUUUUUUUGUAGUCUGUUUGUCUGUGAAAAUCAUCUGCUUCGUAAGCCAAAGUGGUCUGUUACCUACUCAGUGAUUCUCUCGAUACUAUGUAGUAUCUCUGGCUUUUUGCCUCUGUUUUUUCUAAGAUUUGUUCCUUCAUUUAUCAACCAGCAAUGGGGAAGGCCAUUGGACACUCA